UAUUUUGAAAUAACAAUGCAUUUAUGUAUUUGUGAGCUCAAAUGUGAUAUAUUUAACUGAGAAAUAAACACUGUAAAACGAAUUAUUUUGCAUCUUGUUUCAAAGUGAUUGACAGAAAAGUUGUAAUGUAAACACAAUGAGUUCUUUAAAACUUGCUUCAUGUGGAGAUGAUAUAAAAGUUUGGGACACCAAUAACUUCUCUAUUGUUAGACAGUUUAAUCCUCAUGACCAAAACAUCAGUUCCAUUGCAUGGAAUGGCAAGAAGUCCACAUGGAACAGUGAUAAUUUGUUAUUAUGCAGUGCAUCUUCUAAGAGUGAUAAAAUUUGUUUUACUGCUGUGAAAGAUACAGUGGUUACAGUAACAGAAUUUGAUAGUCCUGCAGGAAGUUUAUGUGUAGAUUUUAACUCCACUUCAUCGUACCUGUUAGUUGGUGGAACAGACAGCUGUAUUAAUGUAUGGGAUCUGAAGUCACGGAAAAUAAAGAAACAGUACAAGGACCAUAAAGGACCUGUGACUUGUGCCCAGUUUAACUGCAAUGACACAUACAUUGCAUCUGGUUCUGAAACAGGAGAGAUUAUCUUGUUUAAUGUGGUUACAGGGCAAGGUUGCAGUCCAAUGGUUGCACCUAAGUGUCAGACAGUUCGGCAGAUACAGUACAGUAAAUUUAGAAAGUCACUGCUAGGGUCUGUGUCUGAUGAUGGGGCUGUUAACCUGUGGGAUAUUAACACACGUAGACUGCUUCAUAGCUUCUCUAGUUCUCACAUCGCACCAGCCACUGGGUUGAACUUUUCUCCCAUCAAUGAUAUAUUGCUGAUGUCUGUAGGACUUGAUAAAAGAAUUGUAUGCUAUGAUACUCAAGGGAAAAAACCAGUUAAAACAAUGACAGCAGAGAAUCCUUUGACUUCAAUAGAUGUUAUGUCAGAUGGAGCCACCGUGGCUGUUGGAUCAACAAGGGGGAUAAUCUAUUUAUACGAUCUGAGACAUGGGAAUGCACCAAUGAAAACCAUCAACGCACACAAAUCAUCUGUACAGAAUGUUAAAUUUCAACAUGGUUUAGUUCAUGAACCUUCAGGUGCCAAGUCAGCAUCUUCUGCAGCAAUUUCUCCUAACAGAAGACAACUGCCAUCAGCUCCUUCAGGGAAAUUAGGCCAUAAUAAAGAUUUCUCAGAGCAUAAUAACAUAAAUAAUCACUCUGAUGGAGCAGCAGAAGAAGAUGUUUUCUCUCCUGUUAGAAAUGACUAUGGAAACAAUUCUGCCGACUUUAGAACAGACACAGUGAGAAGUGACUCCAUGUUUAACACAAACUCCUAUCAUAGUAAUGACAGCUCAGGUGGUGUGUUUUCACCAUUAGCUGAUGGAGAUAGUACUAUGAGUAGAAGAUAUGGUGACAAGAUCAAAAUAUCUCCACUUGUUACAAAUUCCUCUCCUUCAGUAAGCAGACGGGGAGAGAACAUGUCUUCUAAUGUUCAUCAUCAAUUCAAUGGUGACAGCCAUAAUGAUGUAGCUGUAAGACAGAAUUUAGAAUAUAAUGAUUCCUUCCAUAGGGGAGAAAGUGACGGACAGCCAUUCUCAAAGACUAGAGAUACGUCUGAUAGAACAGAAUUUGAUAGAGCUCAGCAUUCAACUGACUCACGAAAUUCUAACUUCUCAAAUAAUUUGUCUAAUCACAAAGUUCAUCCAGCUGGCACUUCUUAUAAUGAUAUUCCUCAGCGAUCCCCUCAGCCUACAGGACAUAGUCCUAAGCAGUCACCUAGUACAAGACCGCAAUCAAUUCAUAAUUCUAGAACUGAAUCCACUUAUUCACAAGGCUUCACUGCAGAUUCGUCAGCAAGUGUGUCUCAGAGUUUUUCUGCAUCUAAAAAAUUAGAUGACUCUCCCAGUGGAAGUGCAGGAGGUCAAGGCCAUUCUCCAAUACGGACAUCUGGAACACCAGAAGGUGCUCAUGCUGUGUCAUUAACUUCUAACGGUGCUAUAAGACGUUCUCAGGAAAUCAGUGCUUCUGAUGGAUCUGUGCCACAAAAUUUUCAAACUCAAUUUAUACGUAAUAUGAUAGAAGAUUCUAUGGAGGAAUUUAAAGAACAAAUUCAUACUCAAUACUUGAAUCUGCAUCUUGAAAUGAUCAGACAGUUUCAGAUACAACAGAAUGAAAUGACACAUUUAAUGCAACAGUAUUCAGUGAAUCAUGACCUGAUCAGAGAAAUAGAACGAUUAAAAGAAGAAAACCAAAGAUUGAAAAAGAACUUUUGAGCAUUAGAGAUUUUGUGUGAACAUUCUUAUGUGAGGGAAAUGUGAAAUCUGCAAAACCUGCUUAUGAGUUGAUUUAUAUUGUAGGAAUGUCCCAAACUGCCAAUAGUUUUGUUGACAUGUUAAAAAACAAGUUGUAGAUACAAGAUGCAUGGAUAUGCGUGCAUUUUAUCAAAUAAACACUGCCUAGGAAGUGAGGUUGAAGGGCUAUUAAAGGGGGUGGGAUAUACAUUAUAUGCUAAGUGAGUAAUAUUACAGUAAAUACUGGGAAUUGUGAAUGUUAUCUCUCUAUAUAGACAGUCUAAAUAUAUUGUAUAUGAGAGGGUAAUGAAUGUCAGUCAAUUAAGCAACUAAACACACUGUUACACAGUGAAUCACUCAACACCAACAGGAAAGAUUUUAAAAUGAUUUAGCUUGUACAUGUGCACUGUAAAGCGGUGAAUUUUAUACCAUCCACUCUCUAAGCAUAGUGUUAUUGGUAUUGUGUAAAAAUUGUACAAAUACUGAGAUUUUAUUUGAAGAAUGUAUUUUUUUAUUAAUUGAAAAUAUAAAAAGGAGUAACAAAUCUUAUGAGUUGUGAAACAGUUUUGUUGGUCCUGUAUUUUGUAUCUCAAAAAUGAAUUGAAUUCUUAGCUACUUAGAAUCGAUUAUACAAAAUUUAUAUAUUCAUUAACUUUUAUUUAUGUAAUAGACUUUUCAUUACAUAUGCUUUAUGAUAUUAGAAUGAUUUUCAGACCCACCGAUAGGAAACAAAAUAUUUUUGUAUUUCAGCAUUGAGUUUUCUGCAUUCAAGUAGAAAACUGUAUUUCAGCAUUGAGUUUUCUGCAUUCAAGUUUAUGUGCAUGUAUUGAUUUAUGCUUAACUCUGCAGUCCAUUUUGUCAGAUAGAUAAAUUUCAUUAAACAUUUAAGAAACCUCUUUCAAUAUAUGUAACAUUCCAUAUGACAUGGAAAAAGGAAAUAUCAAUGGUUAUUUCCCUUCCUUGUCAGGUUGAAAAAAUCCGUAACUUUGGAAACUAGAAGUACAUUACUUAUGCAAAUGCAAAACAACACACUUUGCCAUUUGAAAUUGGUGUCUCAUUUCCAAUUGAACAACUGGAUGUAGUUGAAAAAUUUAGAUCUAGUGAGCAAAGUUUUUAAAUUCCUUGAACUCUAUUAUGCUAGCUAUUGGGUUGAAAUUGGAAAGAACAAAUAUUCAUAGCUUUAUUUUUAAAGCAAUUAGUAACAAAAGGUAAAUUAUGUUUGGAAUUGUUCAUAUGUAAUAUAUCAGCUAAAGCCAUUUUAUCAUGUUUAUUAUUAUUUUUAAUUAUCACCUUUUCUUUUCUUUUUCUUCUCUUUUUAAUUAUACAAAAGAUUCUAGAAAAUUAGCUUUUUUUCUGUAGAAAACAUUUAUGGGAGUGUGGAAGGCACUUCUAAAUGUGAACUAUGUGGUACAAUUGUUUCUGUAGAAACAUUUAAGGCUGUUUCAUAAAAACAUAUAUGGGAAUGUGUUGAAGGCACUUCUAACUCUAAACUUUGUGUGCAAGUUUUGUGUACAACAAAAAUAAGGCCAAAAGUAUUUGUCACAUCGUUAUAAGCUAAACAUUAAUAUAAUACAAUAGGUCAAAGGAACUGUUCUUUAUUCCCUGAUGUUUAGUUUAUGUUUGUUUUAUAACUGUGAUUUAAUCACAGAUAUGUAAUGCUGUACCACCAAUUUCUUAUUGUUAACUAGAUCAAUAAACUGUUACAUUAUAA